AUGAUGGAUAAAUAAAUCUAUUAAGAAGAAGAAAAACAUCAUUAAAAUUUAAGUAAUUCUUUUGAUUUAGUACAUCUAGAUGAAAAUAAAGAGAAUAAAAUGCUAAAAGAAAAUAACAAUUAUAGAUAAUAUGAAAGUUUAGUUGAUCAAAAUGAAAAUGAAAUUAGUAAAAAAAUAAAUAAUAAUCAUAAUGAUUAUGAUAAUGAAUCGUAAAUAGGUUUAGAUAAUAAUGAAAUAGAAAAAAAAGAAGAAUCUUCAAACAGUGAAGAUUCUUUAUCUGAUCAAGAAUAAACUAAAUAAAUUGAGUCAAUCACAAAUAAUUAAUAGUAAAAAAGAGUGAAAAUCUAAAAUCCCUAAUUUAAUAAUAAUGAAUUCUAGAAUAAUAUUAUAAAUGAAGGUAUAUAAAUUUAAUAAUUAAGAUAAAAUUGUUUGUUUAUGUGGAUAAUAAAUAAAUGAAGAUGAAUUAGAUAAUCAUCUUGAAUGCUAUAUUGUUUUUGAAUGUUUUAUUUGCUUUUAAUCAAUAAGUUAAACCCUAUAUGAUUAACAUCUAUAGAUAGAACAUAAAGAUUCAAUUUGUUAGAAUUGUGGUCUUAUUGACCCGACAAUAACAAAUUAAAAUCAUAAAUUGAGAUGUUUUUAAAUAAAAUAAUUAAAUAUUGACGAUGCUAAAAUGCAAUAAUUAGAAUCUCCAAAAUAUAAUGCUGACAAUAAUAAUAAUUAUAAUUAAGAUUAUUAUUAUAAUUAAGAUUAUGAUCAUUAUUAAGAUUAUGAUUAUAAUUAAGAUGAUGAUCAUUAUUUAGAAAAUUUAAAACCUUGA